GCUCCCCUGCAGCCACGGGGUGGCCCCAGGCGCAGUCGGUCCCUAGGCCCCGGGCCCGAGCACCGGCCGGCCGGAGAGUCGACGCUACGCCGGGACAGCUGCCAGGCUCGUUCAUUCCCCAGGCCCGGCGCAGAGGGCGCGAAGAGUGUCCCUGGCAACCUUGGAAGGAUCCAUAUCAUGGAAUCAAUCUCUAUGAUGGGAAGCCCUAAGAGCCUUAGUGAAACUUUUUUGCCUAAUGGUAUCAAUGGAAUCAAAGAUGCAAAAAAGGUCACCAUAGGUGUCAUUGGAAGUGGGGAUUUUGGCCAAAUCCUGACCAUUAGACUUAUUCGAUGUGGCUAUCACGUGGUCAUUGGAAGCAGAAACCCUAAGUUUGCUUCUGAAUUUUUCCCUCAUGUAGUAGAUGUAACCAAUCAUGAAGAUACUUUAACAAAAACAAAUAUAAUAUUUGUUGCUAUACAUAGAGAACAUUACCCGUCCUUGUGGGACCUGAGACAUCUGCUUGUGGGUAAAAUUCUGAUUGACGUGAGCAAUAACUUGAAGAUAAACCAAUAUCCAGAAUCUAAUGCCGAAUAUUUGGCUUCAUUAUUCCCUGAUUCUUUGGUUGUCAAAGGAUUUAAUGUGGUCUCAGCUUGGGCACUUCAAUGUGCUAAAGAUGCCAGCCGACGGGUUUAUAUAUGCAGCAACAAUAUUCAAGCACGACAGCAGGUUAUUGAACUUGCCAGACAAUUGAAUUUUGUUCCUGUUGACCUGGGAUCAUUAUCAUCAGCCAGAGAGAUUGAAAAUUUACCUCUACGACUCUUUACUCUCUGGAGAGGGCCAGUGGUGGUAGCCAUAAGUCUGGCAAUAUUUUUUUUUCUUUAUUCUUUCCUUAGAGAUGUGAUACAUCCAUAUACCAAAAAUCAGCAGAGUGACUUUUACAAAAUUCCUAUUGAGGUUGUGAAUAAAACCUUGCCCAUAGUUGCCAUUACUUUGCUGUCCCUUGUAUACCUGGCUGGUCUUUUGGCAUCUGCCUAUCAACUUUACUAUGGCACCAAAUAUAGGAGAUUUCCUCCUUGGCUGGAAACCUGGCUACAGUGUAGAAAACAACUUGGAUUACUAAGUUUCUUCUUUGCUGCAGUUCAUGUUGUCUACAGUCUCUGUUUACCAAUGAGAAGAUCGGAGCGAUAUUUAUUUCUCAAUAUGGCUUAUCAACAGGUUCAUGCAAACAUUGAAAACUCUUGGAAUGAGGAAGAAGUUUGGAGGAUUGAAAUGUACAUUUCUUUUGGUAUAAUGAGCCUUGGUUUGCUUUCCUUGCUGGCAGUCACCGCCAUCCCUUCAGUGAGCAAUGCUUUAAACUGGAGGGAAUUCAGUUUUAUUCAGUCUACACUCGGCUAUGUUGCUCUGCUCAUAACUACUUUCCACGUUUUAAUUUAUGGAUGGAAACAGGCUUUCGAAGAAGAGCACUACCGGUUUUAACCACCAAACUUUGUUCUUGCUCUUGUUUUACCUUCAAUUGUAAUUCUGGGUAAGAUCAUUUUGCUUCUUCCAUGUAUGAGUCAAAAGCUAAGAAAAAUUAAAAAAGGCUGGGAAAAGAAUCAAUUUCUCGAAGAAGGUAAUCAAGGAACAGUUCCACAUCUUUCGCCAGAGCGGGUGACGGUCAUGUGAAGAUAAAUGGUGCUUGGUGAUGCCAUAGAAAAGCCAUUCUACUCAUGCCAUGUUUUCUUGUCUUCUGUUGGAAGUACAAUGCAAAUUAACUGUGGAUAGGCUGAAAUCUGUUCAGUGAGAUCUCAUCUAAACUAAUGAUUGACUUAAAUAAAUUUUCACAAAUGUCA